UUUUCAGUCUGUGAGCAACUGCGUGACCUGCACGACGAUCGAGGAGCGAUCUUUGGCUCUUUUGCUUGAGCGAUUGAAAGACGUGAAAAGUGUGAUCAAUCAAAGGAAAAACUGGGAAAGUGUGUGAAGAAAAUUAAUAAAAGAACAUUACAAGAUGGUGACUUGAAUACUUGAGUCAGGAUCACACAGUGAUCAUGGCUGUUUGCAAAGAGAUAAGGAAGAAAUUUAUUCGAUUGGCUGACACUUGAUUAUGGAUUGCGAAGGCGGCGGCAGCGGCGCAGAAGCAGAAGCACCAGGAGUCGGAGGUUCCAAGUUGCCAAUGGCCAGUGGCCAAGUGGCCAAGUAUCCAAGUAGCCGAGUCGCCAGAAGUUGCCGACUCACAAUGUGUGUGCGCAAAGGCUUUAAGAAAUGCCGAAUUCCAGAAGCUGCAGUACAAUCAGUUGAAUUAAAAAACGAGCGCACAGACAGAGGACGACGGCUGGAUGGGAUUCGGAUUCGGAUUGGGGACGGGGAUGGGGAUGGGGAUGGAGAUGGGGUUCCUGGGGGCUCUGGAGGAUCGCCGGCGAUAUCAUCGCGUGGUGAGCCCGCGCUCACUAGGAAAUUAAGAGGACAUUGUGGCGGCAUGCGGUUAGAACUCGCUGCGGCGGCUUAAACACAAAAUCCGCAGAGGAGAUUCCUUGGGUUCCUGCGUUGUUGGUGGCUUUUGGACAGCUGGACGCUGGCUGACAGAGGUCGCCCUCGUACGUAAUCGACGAGCAUUGCAAAUGCUUUUGUCCUCCGCCUGCGUCUUGUGCUGCGCACGUGGCCAUGUUGCAGCCGCAGCAGCAGCAGCAGCAACUUGCAACAGCAGCAACAUCAGCAGCAGCAACAGCAGCAACAGCCAAACAGCAAAUCAUUGAAAUGUCGUUAGAGGCUCGAGCGGCACGCAGCUUCGAUAGUCAGCGAAACCGCAAAAUGCUUUUAAUUUCUCAAACUGAUAUGCACCCGUGCUCCCACUGCCGUGGAGGAAAAGCUGGGCCAGAGGUUCAGUUUGGCUUGUUUCUUUUAGAUUUUGCCUGCUGGUAAAGACCAAUGAUGAGGUACUAAGAGGGUAGGGAUCAGAACAUUUGUUUUGAUCAGAAAACUUGACAAACUCAACAAUGAACUCAAGGAUUUUCCAUAGAAUACUACAAUUUUAAUGCUUUAUCAGGAAGUAACGAGUUAAAAUAAGAGUAUCCCAUAAAAAGAAUUGAGUUUUGAAGUGAAAUGUACCAUAGUUAUUUUCCUUGGAUAGCCAAUUACAGUCUAGUAAAAUCAGAUCAUUUUUUAAGAAGUUUUAGCUUAAUGGCUGAAGAAAAUCUAUCAAGUUGGAGAAAAUGAAAAUAUUAAGUUUGGAGUAAGAUGACAAUAAAAUAAUCCAUUUACAAUGAGAAUUUAUAAGAGUUGUAAGUAAAAUGUGUUCCACAAAACUACUGUAAAUUCCAAUAACAUAAUAUUAUAAUGAUAUCUCUUAAGUCAUGUCAACGCCAGGCAACGCAAAUUAAAUUUUGAAAUAAAUACGAAAUCAUA